AUGGCCGAAAAGACGCCCUUUGAGCACGACGUCGUCGCCCACGACGUCGCCUCCCCUCGCGGCAACCCGGACGACAACAUCGACCACAAGCCGGACCUGACCCAUGUCGUCUCCGCGUUCGGCGGCGACGGCACCGAUGCCGUCGCCCCCCGCGAUGACUUGAAGCUCGUCGUCUCCAAGAUUGACGAGAUUUCCACCGAGGAGGCUCGCCAGAUCCUCAUCGACAUGCUCAAGUACCACGAGUAUGACUACAACUUCCCCGCCGCCACGCGCGAGAAGAUGGAGCUCCUCCUCGAGGGCCCGUCAGACAAGGGCCAAGAGGAGGACUGGUCCCUGGAAAUUCGCACCGAGGCCGCCCUCAACAAGUUCUACUCGCCGUACCCGGAAGUCCGUGCCAUCACCACGCCCGAGGAUGACCCCGAGAUGACCUGCGAGACGAUUCGCGCGCAUCUGCUGGGCUACAUCUGGGCCGUCAUCGGCCAGUUUACCAACGCGCUCUUCAUGUCGCGCUUCCCCAACAUCAACCUCUCGUCUGCCGUCAUCCAGAUUCUCCUGUACCCCUGCGGUCUUGCCUGUGCUUAUGCCCUUCCGGACUGGGGCGUGACCAUCGGAGGCAAGCGCAUCUCCCUCAACCCUGGUCCCUGGACAUACAAGGAGCAAAUGCUGUCAACGAUCAUCUUCAACGUCAGUCUCGGUACCGCCUAUGUCUUCUACAACCUUCAAACGCAAGAAAUUUUCUACCAGGACAAAUGGCUCACCCCCGGAUACGGUAUUCUUCUUCUGCUGUCCACUCAGAUGAUGGGUAUUGGCUUCUCUGGCCUUAUGCGUCGUUUCGUCAUCUACCCCAUUGAAUCGAUCUGGCCCAGUGUUCUACCUACGGUCGCCCUCAACAGAGCGCUUCUCGUGGGUGAGACCCGUGAAUCUAUUCAUGGAUGGACAAUCUCACGGUACAAGUUCUUCUUCCUCGUUUUCGGCACCAUGUUCGUGUACUUUUGGAUUCCGGAUUACCUCUUCACCGCGCUCAGCACAUUCGCUUGGAUGUGCUGGAUCGCCCCGAACAACUUCAAGGUUAACCUCAUCACCGGCUCUCAGUCCGGCCUGGGCUUUAACCCCAUUCCCACGUUUGACUGGAAUGUCAUGAGCUACGCCUUCCAGCCCCUACAGACCCCGUUCUUCGCCUGCGUGCAGCAAUUCGCGGGAGCGCUUCUCGGUGGUCUCAUUAUCAUCGCCCUCUACUUCACCAACACGGCCAACACCGGCUACCUGCCCAUCAACUCUUCCGGCAUCUUCAACAACACCGGUGGCCGCUACCAGAUCAAGAAGAUUCUCGUCCCCGGCACGGCCGUCAUCAACCAGACCGCCUACGAGGAGUACUCGCCGGCGUUUUACUCUGCUGGCAACCUGCUGCUGUACGGCGCCUUCUUUGCCUUCUACCCGCUUACCAUGGUCUUCAUCUGCCUGGACGCCUGGAGGCCUUUGCUUCGUUCCAUGAAGUCCAUGGUUGGCUCGGCCGUCACGCUGGUCAAGCGAACCGUGACCUGCACCGCUCGCGCCACCAAGGCCGUCCUUACCGGUCGCUUCCGCGAAGCCGCUCAGCAUAUCAACGCGUUGGCGACCGAGGGCGAGUCGAUUUACGACGGCUUUGACGACCCGCUCACGAACCUCAUGCGUUCUUACCCCGAGGUUCCCGACUGGUGGUUCCUCUCCAUCGCGCUCGUCGCCUUCAUCUUUGCCAUCGUCAUCCUGACGACCUGGAAGCAGCUGGAUACCCCGGUGUGGACCAUCUUCUUCGUGGUUGGUCUUAACCUGGUGUUCCUUAUUCCUAUGAGCUACCUCUACGCCAUCUCCGGCACCACCGAAGGCCUGAACGUGGUUACCGAGCUCAUCGUCGGUUACGCGCUCCCGGGGCACCCCGAGGCCCUCAUGUUCGUCAAGGCUUUCGGCUACAACAUCAACGGCCAGGCCGACAACUAUCUGGGCGACCAGAAGAUGGGCUUCUACGCCAAGGUGCCGCCGCGCGCCAUGUACCGCGGGCAGGUCAUCUCCGCGCUCAUCACGGCCAUGGUCUGCUACGCCGUCGUCAACUUCGUGGACCACUCCAUCGAGGGCAUCUGCACGCCGGAUCAGAAGCAGCACUUCACCUGCGCGGCCUCGGGCGUCGUCUUCUUCUCGUCGUCGGUCGUGUGGGGCGCGCUCGGCCCGGAGCGCGUCUUCACGCAGAUCUACCCGGCCAUCAAGUACUGCUUCCUGCUCGGCUUCCUCCUCGCGCUGGUCUGGUGGACGGCGAAGCGGUUCGGCCCGCGGGUACGUUCCGGCGCCAAGGCGUCCCUGCCGGCCGGCGUCUUCGGCCUCCUCAACGUCGCCCUGUUCACCCCCGCUUCGUGGCUCAAGCACGUCCACCCGUCGCUCAUCUUCAACGGCAUGAUCGCCGGUUGGGCGCCGACGAACCUGUCGUACUGGAUCGGCGGCGUCUACGUGUCGGUGGCCUUUAUGUGGUACCUCAAGCGCUACAAGUUGGCGUGGUGGGAGAAGUACAACUACGUCCUCGCUGCCGGCCUGCAGGGUGGUGUCGCCUUCUCGGCCAUCAUCAUCUUCUUCGCGGUGCAGUGGAAGGAGGUCGAUCUCAACUGGUGGGGCAACCUGGUCAACGGCAACACCAUGGAUGGUGGUGGUGGUGACAACCCACUGGUUCUUUUGACCCAGUUGCCGGAGAAGGGUUACUUUGGACCCGACAAGUGGCAUUAA